AUGAGUGCGAUAAUUCUUACGCCAGGGAUCAACGCCACUCUCGGGGCAGGGGAUAUCGAGUCAUCGGCAUUGGGUCUGUGCCACCAGAUCUUGCUCCGAAUCCUGGGAACAUGCCUAGCUGCAUAUGUUGUAUGGCAGUACUUGCUGAGAAACGGUGCGCUAUGGAACUCCCGAUCCGAGCCUCCAAUGCUACCAUACUGGAUACCUGGUCUUGGCCAUAAUCUCUCGUUUUUCAGAGAUGUUGAGGAGCUGUUGGUGGCUGCAAGAACAUAUUUUCGGGUCCCAGCGCAACCUUUCAGUGUCUUAAUCGGGGAUCGCCGCACAUAUGUAAUUCUCGACCCUCGCGUUAUUGCCGAGACUCACCACAGAACCAAAGAGCUGCACUUUGACGCCUAUAUCGACCAGUUCAUGGAAUACGUCUCAGUCUCUAAAAAAGCCAGAGAUAUUCUAUGGCGGACUACUGUCGGCGAGACGUCUUUAUCAGUCCCAAAUUCUCUUCGAUCCUGGAUACGAGCAGAUAUGACUCAAAUUUCAUCCCGAAAGUUCUACAGCGACUUCUUAUCAGAAUUGGACAGCGUUCUGCAACGGGGUAGUCCUUUCACGACCGGGAAGAGCAACGAGCAUGACAUGCUCAAGUGGACUAGCGACAUUAUAGUCAAGGCUUCGACAAAGAGCUUCUUCGGCACUGCUCUUUUUGAGAAGUCACCUGGACUUGUCGAUGACUUUCGCAUGUUCAAUCGUCAGACAUGGAAACUCUUGUACAAAUACCCGAGAUUUCUAUCGAGAACAGCUUAUGACUCGAGAGACUCUGCCAUUGAUGCUCUAGAGAGGUACUUUGAGAUGCCACAAGACCAAAGACGAGACGCGGCUCCGUUUGUGAUCAAGGCUGAGGAUGAGAUGCGAAAACACGGGAUAAUAAAUCGCGAUAUCGCUGCAGUUUUAUUCAAGCUAUACUGGGCCAUUAACGGAAACCCGUCUGUUUUGGCGUUCUGGCUUCUUGCUCGAACUCUGUACACUCCUAAUCUCAAGGCGGACAUAAAAAAAGAGGUCUCACCAGCUUUUAAGAACGGGAUUCACCGGCAACCUGAUGUAGAAUACCUCAAAGGGUGUCCAAAGCUCAACGCGACAUACUACGAAACGAUGCGAAUCCAUAGCGGCUCAUCGAGCUUUAGGCGCGUCGUCCAAGACACAACUAUCGCUGGCUUUGAGUUCAAAGCUGGGAACGAUGUAAUGAUGCCCUAUCGUCAACUUCAUCUCAACAAGGAAUACUGGGGCGAAAACGCGGAACAGUUCGAUAUCAGCAAGUUCGUUUACAAUCCGAACUUACAUUCGGCGAGAACGUAUAAGCCAUUCGGCGGAGGCACGACAUUAUGUCCUGGAAGGCUCCUAGCGCGGCAGAUGGCUUUAGUUUAUCUUGCGAUCCUUGUCACGCGAUAUGACAUUCAGGUCGUCGGGGGUUGUGAGAGUCAGGCUUUUCCAGAAGCGAAUGAUAAGGUGCCGACGCUGGGUAUCAUCUCUCCGAAACCGGGACAUGAUGUUAAGAUCUUGGUCACAGAUAUUAGAGCUGGCUAACAGUCAGUACUCAAAAUGAACGGCAUUUCUUGAUCAGAUUCGCCACGUUCAAACCACAAUUUAAUCACUCACCUCUUCGAUGCAACGCU